UGAAAGCUUUGCAUAUACAGCCUAAUGUAGGCAGGUAGACUUCAGGAGCCAUUAGUGCACCAUCAUCCCAGGCAAGGAUAACUUUACAUCCAAACUAGGACACGGCCAGAAAUGACUUUUUUUUUCAAAUUGCUUUAAGAUUUUUUAACUCUUUGGAACGAAGCUGGACUGAUAAACCUGAGCUGUGAGCUACAUCACUGGACAGAACUCUACAAACAACAAGCCUGAUGUAAACACUAACUGAUAUCACUAUGGAGGUAGCCAAAUUCAUUCUAAUGAUAGGCAUGUGCUUCUCAAAGUUCAGUAUCUCAACAGCUGCAUGUGCAGGCCUGAGACAGUUGCAGAAUGGGAGAACCUUUUUCCGCUAUGGUGGGAUUUAUGCGACAUUUGUCUGUGAUGCUGGAUUCAGCCUUAUGGGACCCACCAGCAGCUCCUGUGUAAGAGGCCACUGGAGAAAGCCUGUCCCAGUCUGUGUAGCAAGUGGAUGUCAGCCAGUUGGCGGGCUUAUAAAUGGAAGACUUGUAAUAAGUUUCAGCGGUGCUGUUAUUACAUUUAUGUGUAACAAAGGUUACAAACUGUCUGGAUCUUCAGUAAUCUACUGCGACGGAAGAAAGUGGAACAGCACAAAACCUGUUUGCAGAGAAUACGAUAUGAUGAGUACGAAAGAGAAAACUCUAUUCCCCAAUGAGAAGUUUAUAGUGGAGGAUAUUUCAAACCAAAGAAAACCCACUGGUCACACAUCUAGUACUGAGCAAAAUGUCACCUGGCACAGGACGCACCACAUUAUUCCAAAGGAUAGACAAAACAGCCGACAGCUUACAACCAUUUCUGCUAAUGUUGUUAAUACAGACCAAGAACUGGUAAAUGGGUCAAAAAAGAAAACACUGUUACAUUCUUUAGUAACUUCAUUGUCAACUACAAAAGAAAUAGGAUCUGUUACUAACGCUCAUAAAGUAUAUGGAGAUGAAUCUGCAGCAUUUCAGCCUGCAAUGCGCCAAAUAUCCACAGUUUCUGUAAUCCCUAGAUGGUCCAAGUCAUCUGCAACUAAUAUUGCUACACCAAGGCUCAGAUCCAAAAGUCACUUCUCUGGUACAAAUUAUGCAGAAACUAAUCAUCAUAAUUUAAGGGUUCAAAACAACAGUGACAUGUUUGGCCCAUCAUCAUCAUCACCAUAUGAGGCACAUACUGCAAGAACAUUUAUAAAGUUGUAUACAGAAUUCACUUCAGCCCCUACACCAGACAGUACUCCAGAGACAACCCAGAGCUUACAAUCAAGAUUUAUAAGUUCAGAUAAUAAAGCGGUAAAUAAUGAUAGAAUCCAGGCCAAGAUAAAUGCAUCGCCAUCUAAUAGUUCUUAUAUGCAUUUGCUAAAUAAAAUAAUAAUGACUAAGAUACCUGAAAUUACUCCUAACACAUCCACUUUGGAACAGAGAAAAAUUUUUCCAACAAGCUCUCCAUCAUCAUAUACGAAUGCCAGCAGCAGUUCAAUAACGGAUAAGAACUUGCCUGAUGAAGGCAAUUUCCCUACAAGUGGCUAUGAACAAGUUCUAACCACAGCCCAAGUUCUAUCACCUUCUCACUUGCUUAAAAACAGCAGUAACAUGUUUGGCCUAUCAUCUUCAUUACUAUAUGAGGCACAUACCAAAAAGACAAUUAUAAACUCUGAUAUAGAAUUUAUUUCACUGGACAGUGCUCCUAAGACAACUCAGAGUUUAAAAUCAAGUUCAGAUGUUUCCUCUGGUGGUUUAAUGCUUAAAGACAACAGUAGCCCAUUGUUAUUGUCACCAUAUGAGGCACAUACCACAAGAUCAUUUAUAAACUCUGAUACGGCAUUGACUUCAAUAACUACACCAGACAGUGCCACAACGACAACCCAGAGCUUACAAUCAAGAUUCAUAAAUUCAGUUAGAAUGGUGAACAGUGAUGACAGAAUCCAAACGAAGAAAAAUACAUCACUAUCUAAUAUUCUUAAUAUGCAUUUUCUAAAUAAAAUAAUAGCUAUCAUUCCAGAAAUUACUGCUAAUACAUCCACUUUUGAACAGAGGAACAUUUUUGGACCAACAGGCUCUCCUUCAUCAAAUAGUACCAGCAGCAGUUCAAUAAAAGGUGAGAACCUGCCAGAUCAAGGCAAUUUCUCUACAAGUGAAUAUAAAACAGUAACAACCACAGCCCAAGCCCAGGCUCUAUCACCUUCUCACUUUCAUUCUUCAGCAGUUUCGUCUGAUGGAUUAAUGCUUAAAAACAAUAGUGAUAUGUUUGACCCAUUGUCAUUGUCACCAUAUGAGGCACAUACCAUAAGAACAUUUAUAAACUCUGCUACAGCAUUGACUUUAACAACUACACCAGACAGUAUCACAGGGACAACUCAGAGCUUACAAUCUAGAUUUGUGAGUUUAAAUGUUAGUAAAAUGGUGAAUGGUGAUGAUAGAAGCCAAACCAUGAUAAAUGCAACACAAGCUAAGAGUACCAGCAGCAGUUCAAUAAAGGAUAAGAUCCUGCCAGAUGAAGGCAAUUUCCUAACAAAUGGAUAUUUGCCAGUACUAACCACAGCUCAAGCCCAGGCUCUAUCAGCAUCUCACUUUCAUUCUUCAGCGGUUUCCUCUGAUGGUUUAAUGCUUCAAAGCAACAGUAACAUGUUUGGCCUAUUAGCUUUAUCCCCAUAUGAGGCAAGUUCCACAAGGGCAAUUAUAAACUCUGAUACAGCAUUUAUUUCCCCAGACAGUGCUCAUAAGACAACUCAGAGUUUAAAAUCAAGAUUUAUGAGUUCAGGUGUUGAUAAAAUGGUGUAUAAUUAUAGAAGCCAAACCAAGAUAAAUUCAACAGCAUCUAAUAUUUUUUAUAUGAAUUUUCUAAAUAAAAUAGCAAUGACAAAGGUACCAAAAAUGACUUCCUCUUUGGAACAAAGGAACAUUCUUGGUCCAACAAGCUCUCCUUCAUCAAAUAAUACCAGCAGCAGCAGCAGCAGUUCAAUAAAGCAUAAGAACCUGCCAGAAGAAGGCAAGUUCCCAACAAGUGGAUAUGAGCCAGUGCUAACCACAGCCCAAGCCCAGGCUCUACCAGCUACUCACUUUCAUUCUUCAUCAGUUUCCUCUGAUAGGAUAGUGCUUAAAAACCACAGUGAUAUGUUUGGUCCACCAUCAUUGUCACCAUAUAAGGAACACACCACAAGAACAUUUAUAAACUCUGACACAGAAUUCACUUUAACAACUAUGCCUGACAGUGCUCCAGAGACAACUCAAAGCUUACAAUCAAGAUUUACAAGUUCAGAUGUUAGUAAAAUGGUGAGUGAUGAUAGAAGCCAAACCAAGAUCAAUGCAUCAACAUCUGAUAUUUCUUAUAUGCAUUUUCUAAAUAAAAUAAUAAUGACUGAAAUACCAAAAAGCUCUCCUUCUGAUGGAUUAAUGCUUAAAUCCAACAGUAACAUGUUCGAUCCAUCAUCAUCAUCACCACCAUAUGAGCCACACACAACGAGAUCAUUUAUAAACUCUGAUGGAGAACUCACUUCUGCAACAACCCCAGCCAGUGCUCCAGAGACAACUCAGAGCUUACAUUUAAGAUAUACAAGUUCCAAUGUUAAUAAAAUGACAACUGAUGAUAAAAGCCAAACCAUAAUGAAUACAACACAAUCAAAUAUUUCUUACAUGCAUUUUUCAAAUAAAACAACACUGACUGAGAAACCAGAAAUCACUGCUUCUACAUCAGCUCUGGAGGAGAGACACAUUCUUGGCCUAACAAGUUCACCUUUGUCAUAUGAAAGUGCCAGCAGCCAUUUAAUAAAGAAUAAGAACCUGCCAGAUAAAGGCUAUUUCUCUACAAGCAAAUAUGAAGCAGUACUAACCACAGGCCAUGCUAAGGCUCUAUCAGCCACUCACUUUCAUUUUUCAGGAGCCUCCUCUGGAUUAAUGCAAGGCAAAGCAAAAGAAACUUCAAAUAAAAAGUUAGCUGCAACCAGAAGUAGUGAUGUCGGCAACUUAGGAGUCAUUACCUUGAGGCAAAACCUACUUAAAGAAACCUCCAACUCUAGUGCUUCACAGGAUAACCUAUUUAACCCAACAACAGAAAUGCAAAGCACAUUAUUAGAAAAACCAGAAAAUGUACAAACGUACAGAACUGAGACUGAAUCCAAAGCCCCAAAAGUUGCCACCACUCCUGUCAAAGUCAUUGAUUAUUUGCAUUCUGGAUCCAAAAGGAAAUAUUUUAGAAGGAGAAGUUAUUGCACAUACCCACCUGUUCCUACUCAUGGGACCUUCAGGUUUCUCACUAUGAUCGACCCAUCCCCAUACCAGUAUCAGUACUACAUUCAGUACUCAUGUUAUCCUGGAUAUACUAUGUCUCAGGGGGAUGUGUUUAGUUUCUGCUUGGAAAAUGGCAAGUGGACUGGAGUCACACCUGUUUGUGAAGAACCUGUACCAUGUUCAGUCGACAAUGGUGGCUGCUCACAGAUCUGCAAAUCCCAUGGUGAAGGGCAGGCAGAGUGCGCCUGCAAAAUGGGCUUCCAACUCCUUAGUGAUAUGAGGACUUGCAGAGAUAUAGACGAGUGCAGCAGUGAGAUGCGACUGUGUGAGCACGACUGUACCAACACGUUUGGAUCUUACCAAUGCAGCUGUUGGAAAGGCUUUACCCUGACAGAAGGUGGAAGGACCUGCAUCCCUUAUACAUAGCUUCUCUCAUUCAUUAUAUUUUGGUCUCCCAAUUAACAUCAGUUAUGAAUGAUGUUCAUUUUAUAUUACUUACCAAUAUGCUCAUUGAUAAUACAUUUAUAUGUCUCAUUCUUCGCCACACUGAGUCAUGUUAAAGGGGUGGUUUACCAUUAAGUUAACUUUACAGUUAUACAGUUUCCCAUUCUUAGCAACUUUGUGUUUGGUCUUCAUUAUUUAUUUUUUCAGUUUUUUAAUUAUCCGCCCUUCUCUUUUGCCUCUUCCCCGCUAACAAAUGGCGGUCACUGACCCCAGCAGCCAAAAAACUGUUGCUCUAUGAGCUUAAAUUGUCUUCAUUAUUGUUACUUUAAA